GUGUGUGCGCGUGUGCUUUAGGUCAGGGUGAGAACAAUCAAGGAAAUCUUCAAUAAAUGUCGGUGUAGACCAGGAGUGUCCAGCUCAUUUUGAUCACAGGCCGCAUCGUAGUUAUGACUUCCCUCAGAGGACCGUUAUGACUGUGAACCGACGUAAAUGAAUUUUCAAUUUGUAUAAGUACAAAUACACCAAAAAUGGAUGGGUGGCUAGUUUUGAAAUCACAAUCCUUUAAAAAGAUGCUUUUCCAACUCAUAUGAAAACCAUUUUAAAAGGGGGAUUGGCAACAAAAAAAAUGCUUGCGAGUUCUCGACUGCAUGACAAGUGAAGACAAUUUGCAAUUUUGAUAUUUUCGCAAGAAGCAUGAAGUCGGCGCACAUGAUUUGCUUUUGUGGGCCACAUGAAGUGAUGUGGCGGGCUGGAUCUGGCCCCCGGGCCACCAGUUUGACACGUUGCGCAGACCGUUUCAUAACGUCUGUUUAUGUAUCGGCCCAUCUCGUGCAACUUGAUAUUUUGAUGUCAUUGUUUUAUUAUACUUGAAACUCCUCAUUUGAGCGAACGGCCCGACAGUAGCAGAAGUUAGUUUUUAGCAUAUAAUUAGCAAAAACAAAAAAAGAAAUAACGCCACACGGCAUUUACGCUAGUAGCACCUUGACACAAAGCACAUUACAGUGAUUCUACCCACCUCCACCCCCCCAAAAAAAAAAAAAAAAGUAUAGCUGGGAUAAGGACUAACACGAAUAUGUAAAAAAAAAAAAAAAAAAAUCUCACAUUUCUAAAAGAUUUGUAUUAUAUUUCAUGGUCAAAUCAAAUUUUGGGAAGCUGGGACAUCAUUUGUCCAUGUUAAAGGUUGUUUAAAUGAAUCUUUGAAACUGUAUCAGAAUCAGAAUCAUCUUUAUUCAUUGAAUGUCCAAUCAAAUCAAUGUGCAGGACAAUGGGAAAGGGUUGUUCGUUUUGAAAACCCGGCACCGUCCGCUACUGGAACUCGUCCUCGCAUGUAUCCGGCUUCGGCUCCGCGUGUUGUGUGAAGUUGAGUUAAUACCUCGACGCUGCGUGGGAAGUCGGCGGCAGGCGUGACCGGGCGGAAGCCACAGACAGACUUGAGUGCGCGUCACCUCACAUUCAAUCGCGAGCCUGAACAGAGCGAACGUCUCCCAUGAGAACCGGAGACAAAGAGGACCACGCGGCGGACCGUUGCCCUCCGAGUAGCCCGCCGAGUCAGCUCGUUUUUUCCGGCGUGGGGAGUUUGGGCGUCGCCGGUAAGGAUUCUCACAACCGCCAACGCAGGCUGGAGCGACGUGCAGCGAGAACACACACAUGGGUGCGAGGAGACUGAAGGAUGCUGCCAGUUUGCAAAUCUCCAAAUAGUUGGUUUCUGAGCAACAGCAACACGCCCCAAGAGGACGAUGAGACGAUGAGCGGCGAGCAGCGAGACUCGACCGGCGCCUCCAAACCGGACUCGGCCUCCCUUUACGACCGCUCGUCCAUCGCCUCCGGCUCCUCUCGGCUCGGUACGCGGAGUUCGGAGGGGGACCGGGAAAGCGAGCCGGAUGAGCGUUCCCGCCCCGACCUGAGCUACCGUUCCUUCCCGCCGGCUCCGUUCCCGAGCCUGGAGGACGGCAGCCGGCCGGCGGGCUUCUCCGCGGACCGGUCGGUACAUCUCGGCAGCGGCGCCCCGUCCGGGUCGGACGGCGAAGAACUCUGCGGCUGCUGCGGCCGGAGCUUCCGGUCCGCGUCGAGCCUGGAGCAGCCGUGCUCGCUGCGCUCCGAGGAGCCCGGCCGGCACCACACGCCGCCGCCCUACGUGUGCUCGCCCCCGGGCGCCGCCUGCUGGGCCCGUUGUCCCGGCGACGAGCCGCCGUGGCCUCAGAGCCGAGUGGCUCACGCACCGCGGCACUGUGACUGCAGACCUCCCUGGGGCCGAUUCAGUCCAACGGGCCGCAGCAUUCCGGCCGCCGAGAAGCCGCCGACGCACAGCAUGCCGUUGUCCCUGGAGCAGAGGAGGGUCUUCGUCACGUACGAGGCGGACGACGACGCGCACCUCAACGAGAUCAUCAAGUUCGUCGCUCUGCUGCGACACAACGGCUUCGACACGCACAUCGACAUCUUCGAGCAGCAGUUCCGCAGCAUCAGCAAGAUCGACUUCAUGGAGCGCUACCUCAGCGAGGUAAAAAGUCGCAGCUGCCCCUCGGAGGAAUACCUGAUCAUCAUCAUCAUCAGCCCCAAGUACCACGAGACGGUCACCGCCUCCCACGUCGGCACCGACAACGACGAGAGGACCUGCAACACCGUCUACAUCCACAAACAGGUUCCGCAAGCGCAAAACAUUGCGGUAGUCCGCUUUUUCAAAUGUUUUUUGACACUGUGGGUUCCUUUCAUUCAGCUCCAGAAUGAGUUCAUUCAGAACGGAAGCAAGAAUUUCCGCUUCAUACCCAUUUUGUUCCCCGGGGCUAAAAAGUCUCACGUUCCAAACUGGUUGCUGAACACACACGUGUACAGUUGGCCGCGCGACCGCGACGACAUCCUGCGACGGUUGAUGAGGGUUGAGAAGUACAACCCGCCGCCCGUCGGAGAACUCCCCACCAUCGUCUCCAUCCCAAUAUAAACUUUUUCAUAUUUCUCGUGAACCAUCUAAGUGGCACGGUACUUCUGGGUGGCAGAAAGGGAUUGACUACUGCUGACUUCAACUGAAAAUGAUGACAAAAAAUGUGUAUGGGGGUCUUCUUUUUGACUGGUGUGUCACAUCAGUCAAGCCAUUUCCUCUAUUUUCUCAACAGCUCUGCCUUGGUCAAAUGACACACAAAUGUGUUUACUAGUUGUUGCCACCCGGAAGGUACGUGUGACAUCAUGGCGAAAAGGUCAAGAACGUUGCGGUCGGUGUGCGACGGACAUCCGCGCGUAUCGGUGAACAUCAGGACCGCUGAGAAGAUGAAAAGACGAUGAGGGGAAAGCGCUCACAAGUUCCCAGAAUUUUGCCUUGUUAUUCUUUCAAAGACUUUUUAUGACUCGUUUUGUGUGUGUGGAUUGGAUUUCGGUAAUCAUGAACGGAACGUCAAUCUCAUCAUAGUUUUUGAUUUAAAAAAAAAAAGAAAUAAAAUCUAAAGGUUCUUAUUCAAAAAUAAAUCCUUCCAAAAAAAAAGUAUUUUGGUUAUAAAAAAAAAUAAACGCAUUUAAAAAAAAAUAAAAAAUCAAGCACUCGUCUUUUCGCUAGAAAAAUCGCAAGCGACGUGGAGGGGCAGCGCUUGCGGUUUUUCAACUCUUUCCGCCCGAACGGGGUCAACCGCCACGCAGCUGUUCGCACAACAGGUCAAAAAGUGGUUUAAUAGUUUUAUUUUCACAAAAGAGGUAACACUGCAGAUGCUCAUACAGACAUCAUUAGAAAAAAAAUAAUAAUAAUCUGAAUACAGUGUUUCAUCCGUAUAGUGAAAAGUACAUGAAAUAAUAUUAAUUUCAAUAACAAAAAAGGACAUCUGUAAUAAAAGUGGAUUAACAAAGUGACAUUGAUGUAAAUACAUUGCUUUUCGGAUAAGUACAAACACUGAAGUGCUAUUUGUUCCAAAGCUACAAAAUACACUUAAAAAGCAGGAAGCAGGUUUUAUUCGAUGACUUUUGUCUGUUUGUUUUGCUGUUGUUCAAAUUUCCUUCAAGGAAAAAGUACUAUAAAAUAAGUUACAGUACAGUGAGUAGCUUUCGUGUUUUCUUUUUUUAUUUUCUUAAACUUUUGUUGUUCCCGCCUGGCAAGCAGAAUACACACUCGUGCGGGAAUAAGAAGAGUUUCUUCAUGACACACAAACGCUUCAUGACUUGCGUGCGCGUAGAAAGUAGCACAAAUACUUCAUGUCAUGCGACGCGAGCGUCACACGUCGUCAGCCGGCAAAGGAGGUACGUGGAUGUUGAACC